AUGUUUUCCUCCACCAUCCUCUCCCUCCCGUUCCUCGUCACCCUCUCCUCAGCCAUCGUCCAAUCGCCCGUCCAAGGCCCCCUAAAAGGCUUCAACUACAACCCCCAAGAUGACGCCGCGACCCUCUUCCCCCUCGUCCAAUCCUCUCUCCCAAAAAUCGGCGCCUCAGGCUUCACCAGCGCCCGCCUCUACACGGCGCUCGACCCCAAUAACACCACCAACCCCGUACCUCACCCCGCCUUCAAAGUCGCAGGCGACACCAAUACCUCCGUCCUAAUCGGCCUCGCCGUCUCCCUCGGCGACGCAUCCUUCCAAAACGAACUGACAGCCCUGACCGCAAUCCUCAAAGACAAAUCCGGCACCUACGGCAAACUGCUCUCGCGCAACCUCAUCGUCGGCAUCUCAGUCGGCAACGAAGAUUUCUACCGACAAUCGCUACAAGGCACGCCGAUGGCAGCGAACCAAGGCGCGGGGUCCAAAUCGGCCGUAAUAAUAAAACAAAUAAACGCGGUGCGAAAACUACUAUCUCAACAAUCGCCCUCGCUCGCGACGAAAAUUCCCGUCGGGCACUCCGACACCUGGCGCAUGUGGACGAACAAAGACUACGGCCUGCAGCUCCUGAAAGCGCAGCCGGACCAAGACGAUUUCGCCCCCAUCGAUUUCGUCGGCAUGCAAGAAUUCACCUACUGGGAAGGCUACGCGAUCCAGAACUUUACCGCGUACAGCACGGAAGCUUUGGCGGCCGUCAAAGCGGCCGCGGGAAACAUCCCCGUGUGGGCGACCGAGACAGGCUGGCCCGUCAAGGGCCCCAAAUGCUGUAAUGGCCCGCCUGCCGAUUCGGGCAUGCCGGGCCAGCUGGCGUGGCCGGGGAAGGAGGAGGCGCAGAUUUAUUGGAAGGGCGUCGGUUGUGAUACGCUUUUCGGCGGGGAAGGAGGCGGCACGGGCGCAGAGGUGCGGAAUACGUGGUGGUAUAGGAUUUUUGCGAGUACGGCGAAGAGUGGGGAUGGCGCGCAGGAUUGGGAUGUGUUGGGUAGUGCGAAAAGCGGGGAUGGGGGCGCGACGGCGGCGUUUGACUUGGAUUGUAAGGCUGUCGCGCCCAGUGCGCCGACGCCGACCGCGGUCAAGAGUUCGUCGAAAUCGGCGGGUAGUGUUCUGAGGGUGGAGGUGUGGUGGAGCGUUGUACCUCUUUUGGUUGUGGGGGUGCUGGGAGCGGUGGAAAGGCUGUUUGUGUAA